UUUAAGUCUCGUUUAGUGUUUGUCAAUUCUGUUGUUGGCUAUUAAUGCUUGUGUAAUGAAUGAGGACAGCCCCCUUGUGAGACAGUCGAGCUGUUAUCUGAUCAAAGGGAGUGGUUUGGGGUGGUUGGACGCCUAAAAUCCUGAUUCAGGAUGGACUGGAACUUCCCCGUGGCCAAUGGCAGCUGCCGGCCGGUCGGUAGGCGGUGAUAGUUGACUUCUAGCCGCAGUAAAAACGAAAUUGGUCCCACGCAAAGACGCAGUUCCUGUUGCAGGUCUGGAUCCUUUACCCCCCGCCAGGUUGUUUCGUUUGUUCGCCUGUUGAGGAUGGAAAGGGUUCGGGAUCAAGGGCAGAGGAAACCAAUUCGCGUCAUAGCAGCAGUUUGCAACAACAUGGGGAUCGGGAAAGAUGGAACCCUGCCCUGGAAUUUACCGUCUGAAUUCCAGUACUUUCUGAACACGGUCACGAGGGUGUCGAGACCAGGAAAGAUGAACAUGAUGGUCUGGGGCAAACGGUGCUGGUUUUCCAACCCAGAAACAUUGUUCCCAAUGGCUAAUGUUCUGCAUGUGGUGUUGAGUACCACACUGAACACAGUUCCAGAUCAAGCUCACUUCUUGUGUAGAGACUUUGAUAGUGCUAUCCGAUUGGCUGCCGAGCCCCCGCUUGCCGACGUAAUGGAGACCAUCUGGAUUGUUGGUGGUACUCAGGUCUACAAGGACGCAUUGAACCACCCUUGGUGUGACUUGGUUUACCUGACAGACAUCAUGGCUGACUUUGACUGCGACGUUUUCUUCCCUGAGUUUGACAGAGGGCUGUUUAAAGUACAAGAAAGAUUUCCUGAUGUACCGAGUGGCAUUCAAGAGGAGAACUGCAUUAAGUACAAAUUCCAAGUAUUCAAGAGAGAGAUCGGUGCCAUGUAGAUAACACACAAAGAAAAGCAAGAUAUUAUCAGAAAACACUCAGAAUCACUCUGGUGUAUUUUUCUGCUCUUCCUUGAAAACCUUGUCUGCUGUCUGCUGUCAACAACUCCUGGAUAGACUGCAGAGACAUAACUAAAACCCAAACCCACAGUGUGUCGUUGAAAUUUUAAAGAUUCAAGGAAAACCAAAGUCAUGCCACCACUCUUUGUAAUAUUCACUACUGGUCAAACGUUUUAGAAUGCCCCCAUAUCUCUAAUUUUUAUUGAAAUUUCAGCGGUUCAAGUCCAGUGAAUAACUUAAAUGUUACAAGGUUAAGUGGUAAACUGCCCAAGGUAAGAAAAAAAAGUUCAGGUCAACAAAAACUGAAAAAUCAUGUAGUAUGUAUUUCGUAGAAAACAGGCCCUUUUCGGGGAUUAAGAAAUCGAUCAAUUUAAAGCUUCCUGCAGCAAUGGAAGUAAACGAAGCCUUGAAAUUAAUGCAAACAAUUCCUACAGGUGCCCCAACUUUUGUCGAUUACUUACGAACCCUCUGUCUGUACAAAGGCAGUGUUGGAACAAACUGUGUCACUUCACCCUCUAAUGCAUCAUUAAGACAAUUAUUAGGACUGUACUGCAGGAAGUAGCACUGUAUGUUGCUAUGAGAACACUGAGAAAAAGACAAGUAAAAAAGGAAGACCGGCUGGUUGGUCAGGGGUCAUCCUACAGCAAGAUAAUUACUCAGAACAUUAGAAGAACAGAAGUAGAUGGUGGCUUCACAUGGUGGACGAGCAGCAAAGUCUCCAGACUCUGGAGUGGUGGUGCACUGUUCUACCGUGGAAACUACAAGUGCAACACAUUUGUGGGAGCUUCUGCAACAUUGUUGGGACGAACUUUCUUCGCAAUAUUUGAUUUCAGUUGUCACAAGAACGUCACAAGUGUGUUCGGCUGUUAGAUUAAUUGUAGUUCAACAACAAGAUUCCAAGACCCAUUGUUUUUAAAAUCUCCAAUUGUCUCUGUGUUCUGUGACAGCUUACUGUUUUCUCUGUGUUUAAUUUCAGAAACACUGAGACAUUGAAUUAUGUAAAUUUAAAUAACAGCUGGAAAAAUGGAGGUGCUCUAAACCUUUUGACCGGUAGUGUAGUCAAUGAGAAUUCCAGCUAAUGUAAAUAUGACCUUAUACUCUUUUUAAUCCUAAAAACUUGAAACACUGUGAGCACAGACACCCUACAGCAGUCCAAUUUUUUCUUCCCAAUUAUUUAUGUGCAUUUAGUCUUAAAAUGAUUUUUCCCAUUGCUGCUGUUUGGUAGAAUAUUAUGAUCUUUGCCGGUAGCCACCCUCUGCCGUCAUCUUGUCACUCAUCAGCGUCCCUCCUCAGUGACUUUGCAGCUGCACAGAGAGUAUGCUUGUCAGUGAGUCAGUCAGCAGCCUACGUCAUUGACAGCCUGUGCUCUGGGUAUCGCAGCAGAUCUGGUCCUUUUCUAAGCCAACACGACAGAUGCCAAUUUAGAGAGUGAUGAGUGAAUUAUCCUUCUGGUUUGCUUUGAUACUAUAUUGAUUUAUCUUGUCAUUUAGAUAGAUGUAGAGGGAUGAUAUAUCUUGUAAUUUGUUGUGUUUAGACAUGCUUGGAAAUAUUUAUUGCUGAAGGUUUUUCCUGUGUAGUCUUUUGUGAAUUUAGAGGGUUUAUAAUGAAAAUAAAUCAAUUGGAACAUUUUAAUGGAGAAAUA